AUGCAGAAGGAAUUAAAUACGAUGAAAAAUGAGGAUGUAUGUUUCAAUGUUGACAAAACACACACAUCACACUGCCUGCAGCCAAUGGACCCUGAUGUGAAGUCUCACAGAACUGCACCACUCAGUGAAGAAUUCAGGGCACAGCUCGCACAGUUCCAGUAUGGUCCUUCCCUGGGGGAUAUAGAAACCUUUCAUGGAUCCUUAGAAGGAGGGUCCCGGAAACGCAAAAGCAUGCCCACAAAAAUGCCUCACACUAUCCCCACAGGAGAUCCUACAUCACCAUCACAUGGAUCUGAAAACAACAACGUAUGCUCCCCCAGUCUUUCUUUGAUGUACCAACAACCCACACAGCCCAAAUACAACUCCCAAAUGAUUGAUCUGUGUAACAUUGGCUUUCAGUUCUACAGAAAUCUGGAGCACUUUGGAGCCAAGCCCAUUAAACAAGAACCAGUAAAGCCCAACAUGAUGUGGCCCAACACUUCUGCAUUUGUGCAGACUCCUUACUCUUAUUACCCAAAAGUCCACCCUGGCCUGAUGUUUCCUUUUAUUAUGCCCCCAAACUUCCAUUUCAGGAAUUCCUUCCAACUGAAAAGACCCCUGGAGCCAGCAUUCAGGAGGACUGAACUGAGGGAAAGUGGUGACAGUAAACAGAAGGUGGAAAGAGUAGAUGUCAACCUCCAGAUUGACGACAGCUAUUAUGUUGAUGUAGGGGGAGAACAAAAACGAUGGCAAUGCCCAAUGUGUGAAAAGUCCUACACUUCCAAGUACAACCUGGUCACCCACAUCUUGGGACAUAGUGGCAUCAAACCUCAUGCUUGCACUCGGUGUGGCAAGCUUUUCAAGCAGCUGAGUCACUUGCACACUCAUAUGUUGACACACCAGGGCACUCGACCACAUAAGUGCCAGGUGUGUCACAAGGCUUUCACCCAAACCAGUCACCUGAAGAGACAUAUGAUGCAACACAGUGACAUCAAGCCCUACAACUGUAGGAUCUGUGGCAGAGGUUUUGCCUAUCCAAGUGAACUGAAAGCCCACGAGUCCAAGCAUGAGAGUGGCCGAGAGAACAUUUGUGUGGAGUGUGGUCUUGACUUUCCAACCCUGGCCCAGCUGAAGAGACAUUUAACAACCCAUCGAGGUCCUAUACAAUACAAUUGCACAGAAUGUGAUAAAACUUUCCAGUACCCAAGCCAGCUGCAAAAUCACAUGAUGAAGCACAAAGACAUCCGUCCAUACAUCUGUACUGAAUGUGGCAUGGAGUUUGUACAGCCCCACCAUCUCAAGCAACACUCUUUAACCCACAAGGGUGUGAAAGAGCACAAAUGUGGGAUCUGUGGCCGGGAGUUUACUCUGCUAGCCAACAUGAAGAGACAUGUGUUGAUCCACACCAAUAUCCGAGCCUACCAGUGUCACCUGUGCUUCAAGAGCUUUGUGCAGAAACAGACUCUGAAGGCACACAUGAUUGUUCACUCUGAUGUCAAGCCCUUUAAAUGCAAGCUGUGUGGGAAGGAAUUUAACAGAAUGCACAAUUUAAUGGGACACAUGCACUUGCAUUCAGACAGCAAACCAUUCAAGUGUCUCUACUGUCCCAGCAAAUUCACCUUGAAGGGAAACCUCACCAGACACAUGAAAGUCAAACACGGGGUCAUGGAAAGAGGAUUUCAUUCUCAAGGUUUUGGACGAGGAAGAAUUACGCUGUCCCAAACAGGUGUCUUGAGAAACUUGGAACAGGAAGAGCCUUUUGACCUUUCCCAGAAAAGCCAAGGGAAAGGAAUUUCAUUUCAUUCUGAUGGUGAGAGUGCCAAGGGAAGCUCAUGUCAGGAGGAAGAGGAAGACAACUGCUAUGAAACAGAGCAGUACAGUCCUGUCAUGUACCAUCAUGAAAACAACAAGCUGUAUAUGCCCCGAGAUCUGUCUAGCAAACCAGACUACGUGGUGAAAGAUUUCAAAGAGUCCUACUGUGAUGAGAAGGAGGAAAUGUUGAGAGAAGUAGGACUGGAGAAGGGGAAAGGAAAUCAAGACAAAGAAGAGAACCAAGAGGAGAGAGGCUUUGCAAAUAACAAGGAAUGCCUGAGCUUUAGACCCUUUGAAAAGGCCAGACUCAGCCACUCUCUCUCUGAUUACCUAUACUUCAAACACAGGAAGAACAGUUUAAAAGAAUUACUGGAAAGGAAAAUGGAAAAACAAGCAAUGCUUAUAGGCAUCUAA